CCAAUAAUGAAAAUAUAUGACAUACGGAAACAGGCGAUCAAAACACUGUAUCAAAUUACAUGUGAAAUUUUUCACUUUAAAUAAAGCGACAGAAAAUGAUCUGAUAAGAAACUUAGUCGACGCUUCGGGUUUGGAAAAUGAUGACUUCAUAUUUGUACAUAGGUGGGUAAAUUUGUAUAACAUAUGUGAAUUAAUGUGAACGGCUUUGCGGCGCGAACUGGGCCUAUAUAAACCGAUAUACAUUUUUGCAUGCGGGACCGAUAUCAACACCAUAUUUGCAUUGUUAACAUAUCAUGUACUCGGUAAAGAAUAUUACUUUCUUUUAUACAGAAAAGGCGAUGGCUUAAAGAUACGUUAGGGGAACGCAGAUUCUAUAUUGUACAGCAAUAAACUACCAGCUUUGGUCCAGUUUCGAUCUAUUGGGAGGAAAACACUGGCAUAGGAAUUCGUGACUGGAAAAAAUAAUAUAAAGGUGUUGCUAGAACAGCGUUACAAUGGGGAAUAAACAUAGCAGCACGCAAGAUAGGGCGAAAUUUUACGAUGAAGAUUUGGAUGAUGAAGACGGGUCAAGACACGUACGAUUUCAGGUCGAAGUGAUACCGCAAGACCGUGAGUCUAGGAUAUUUAGAUCGUUCAGAACGGGGCCGUUUAAAAGAACUAGUCCCGAAAAACGACGAAGUACGACGUACGAUUCUGCUAACAAGACGCCGUGGCCUCAUCCCCAGAGCGAUUCGUUGUUUCUACCCGAAUACGAGUACAAAUCUGCUGUGAAAUUUAACGAAUAUCAGGUAUACCACACAUAUGUGACAUUGACAAUUAACAAUAGCGUAAAAAUUUCUUUGUUUCGGCACAAUCCGUGGAAAUUGCGACCAGUGUUUAUAUUAUAGUACAGUAAACCAAAUCAAAUUUCUACGAUUCAUCGAUUAGGUAUGCGCUAAAUAGGUUGCUAAAAGCACCAAAUCGCGGUUUUUAUAAUGAUAACAAAAAUAUACUUCGGUUUUUUAAUAAAAAAAGUCGCGUGCGGUAAACCAUAAUGAAUUUAAUAUAAGCUAGAAAAUGUUGUACCUUAUAAAUUAGAAUAUGUUAAAUACACACUUUCGAACAAUUAUACUAUCAAAUUUGCUAAUUGAAAAUGCUGUCGAAAUAUUAUUUGAAAUUACCAAAUUCUAAGCUGUAAUUUUGUCAUGUUUUUCGCAAUUGUUUUAAAGUUUCAGCGUAAAACAACGUUUGUUUGUAGGAUUAAGUAUUUUUAUGUCAAUUCUGCAAGUUUGUUUUGUCAAUAUUUUGAGGGAAAGUCAAUAAGCUACAAAUAAUAUUUGGGUAAGCAUAUUAGUGACCUUACAAGUUAAAUGCAUCCGUUUUCGCGACGCGUUUUGACAAAUUUUCUCUACCUUAAUGUUUUCGAAAAAUCCUUAACUUCCCGCAAUUUGGUUUUAAUUAAACGGUGUUAAUAAAACAUAACAGCGGAAUGGUUGACAAUAUAAAGUAAAUUACAAGUAAAUUAAACUUCACAGACUGCCAGACUACUAGAUAUAAUGAAAAGAAUUUUAAACAUUAUUUUGCCAGUCUGAUAUGAAGUACCAUGUUGACCUCCUACUUGAUAAUACUUUAGUGAAAUUCAUGGUUUGGGAAUUUUUAAUUAAAAGUCAAUGACAUAAUUUGUCUGGUUGAUUAGAUAUUGGAAAAUAUUGGAAAAGGGAAUUUUGGUCAUGUAAGUAUGAUGUUUUAAGAUUAUUUUCCAAACAAGGGGAGCAGAAAUACUGGUGCCAUGAGUAUUGUAGAAACGAGGUGAUAUUGUGUUGGUAUGGUAAGGUGUGGUAUAUGGCAUGGUAUAGAGUGGUGUGGUAAGGGGGGGGGGGUAAAUAUGGGUAUACAAAUC